GUUCGCGCACACACACACAAACACAAUAUUCAGAAUACUUGGGUUUUAGCAAAAUAGAUAGGUGACAUUUAUAUAUAUAUAAAUAUAUUCUCUAUGAUCUGAUUACUCUCUCUGGUUUGGGUAAUUCCUUCACUGAUUUUCUUCUAACAACUACUGUGACUCUCUCAUUGUACAAUCUAACAACGAAAAAAAAGUUAGGCAGUAUUGAAAGAUCCACUUACCCAACAUGUCUAAUUUCCUCAACUAGUUUUUUUUAUUUUUGUUUGAUAAAUUUUCUGGGUAAGUGAGAGAAAGGAAAAGUGAGAAAGAGAGAGAAAGGCAUGAAGAGGUCUCCUUCUUCUUCUUGUUCUUCAUCCUCUUCAUCCUCAUGCGUGGAGCCUGAAAUUGUUCAGGUCCAAUCCGAGAAACCGAAGAAGGUUAAACGUGCCAGGAAAGAGAAUAUCGGUCGAGAAAAUGUCAAAGCUCAAACAUCUGCCUCUGGAAGGAGAAGCUCUAUAUACAGAGGAGUCACCAGACAUAGAUGGACUGGUAGAUUUGAAGCUCAUUUGUGGGAUAAGAGUUCUUGGAACAAUGUUCAGAACAAGAAAGGAAGGCAAGUUUAUUUGGGGGCCUAUGAUAGUGAGGAGGCAGCUGCUCGCACUUACGAUUUGGCGGCACUUAAGUAUUGGGGUGCUACAACAACCUUGAAUUUUCCGACAGAUUCAUAUACAAAAGAAAUGGAAGAAAUGGAAAAAGUCAGUAAGGAAGAGUACUUGGCCUCUUUGCGGCGCAGGAGUAGCGGAUUUUCUAGAGGAGUUUCUAAAUAUCGAGGGGUCGCUAGGCAUCACCAUAAUGGAAGGUGGGAGGCUCGAAUUGGACGUGUUUUUGGGAACAAAUAUCUGUACUUGGGAACUUAUAAGACGCAAGAAGAAGCUGCGGCAGCAUAUGACAUGGCGGCGAUAGAAUACAGAGGAGCAAACGCUGUUACCAAUUUUGAUAUCAGUAACUACAUCGACCGAAUCAAGAGCAAGGCCGGUGAACCAAUCCUUAUUCCCGGCGUUGAAGCCGAAGCUGAACCAGAAGCUGAAUUUCAACCCCAUUCACCACCGCAAAUGAAUGAGGUCUCCUCCGGGGAGAAUCUUCAGUGUUCUCAGCUUCUUCAUUGCAUGGACUCUUCAACAAUGGCGGCCGUCAUGAUCGACACUCCAGACGACCACGAGCUCAUCCCUUGGAGCUUCCUUGACGCCGGAUAUGUUCAUCAUCCGGUACCGGAUCUGCCGAUCGAGAAGCCAGAGGAGUUACUGGACUUGUUCGAAAACAGUGGAUUUGAAGAUAACAUUCAUAUGAUUUUUGAAUCUGGAUCGGUCGAUUCCAGUGAAGACGAUUUCUCAGCCGUCUUUAAUAAAUUGGAUAAUAAUCAAAUCACCGGGAAGGGCGGAUCGGGAAACGUUGAGGACGAGAGUAACAGUGGCCGGAGAGAUCAGCUUGAGCUGUUUUCUUCUUCCUCCUCCUCAUCAUCCUUACCUUCCUUUUCUCCGUCAUCGUCGUUGACGGAAACUCCAGUGUCUUGUAUGUAAUUUCAGGUUUUGGUACUGCUGUUUGGAUGUUUUUCCUGGAUGUUUGGGAAAAUGUUCAAUUUUCUUUCUUCUUCCUUAAAAAAUUACAUUUUUCUUUGUUUGGCUUGGGGGAAAAUUGUUCGUUUAGUUAGUUUAUUCAUAGAAAAAAAAAAUGAAAAGAAAAAUAGAAAGAGGACAUGUUGUUGGGAAUCUAGAUGAAAGAGGUAAGUUAAAAUUUUCUUACUUUAAUAUAUAGUGUGUUUAUCGGUUUAAGUUAAA